AUUAUUAUCGUGGUGGGGUACGGACUGACUUCCGUGCACGUCGUGGUGGGCGAUAUUCGAUCCGAAAGUCUUGCCAUAUCCACCGCAGCUUCUCUUUGCUAGUCACUUUGACACAAGAUACUGCGUUACAGUAUAUGCAAUUGUGACGCUCUGCGGUCUCUAUUUGCGUCUGAUCGGAGAAAAUAUCCAAGGAUUGCUGCCAACCAUGCCACUUGACGAAGAAGGGGCGAAAUGGUCAUGUGAACCAUGCAUACGUGGCCAUCGCUCGUCCAAAUGCCAGCACUUCGACAGACUGAUGAUGAAAGUUCCCAAGGCUGGACGUCCUCUUGCAAAAUGUCCUCAUCCGAAGGGCACCUGCAGUUGCCAGAAGUUGUAUGCUUUCAUGAUUCGCAUACCCAAAGGUUCUACCUGUCUGUGUAGACCGUUGUAUAAGGUGCCGGCAGAAAUGGACGAAGCCGGUCAACCUACCCCUCCAGCUUCCGUUGCUCCCCCAACAUCCUCCCCCAGCCCCUACAAAGUUCAAAAAUCCAGCAGACGCCAGACUAGUGUGCAUGUUGCUCCUGAAAACGUUGCGAAGGCAUUGAGCUCCAUUCCAGAGUUUAAGACGGGUAAUGGAAGACCGGCUAAUAUAACACCAUACCUACUCCAUACGCCAACAUUUGGCAACCCAAGCGGACCGGCAGACAGGAGCUUUACCACGUCUGCACCACAAUUAACACCACCGGACCUCGAUACCAAGGGCAGCCAUACUCCACAGCGUGGUAGCUGUUGUUCCAAAGAGUCACAGCUCAAGCAGCAGCAGCCACUGAAGCAAGGCUCCUGUUGCAAGAAAUCUAAUCGUCAAGUCGAUAAUAGUGCCGGCGAAUCAGGAGUGGCUGAAGAUGGAAAUACUGAUGGUAUUUUCAGUCAAAUGUCUUAUUCUACCUUCACUGCACCCCAGUUCUUGUUCUGGCAGGGAUCCGGCUCAGCUGGACAGGAUUUCUCCAACCAGCCUUUCAUGCCACAUCAAACACAUUCACAAAACCCGCCUUAUCUGGGUGGAUAUAUGUCACACCCGGCUCAAAUUCCGCUGAUGACUUUUCCGCGCCAAGACUUCCCCAACAAUACUGAUCCUAAUCAUAAUACUGUACAGCCUGCAACAGCUGGCGACUCCCAAUCCAUAGCAUAUGGUACCACACCAGCAUUCGGCGACCCCAAUCAUAUUUGCAGUUGCGGCGAUUCAUGCCAGUGUUUGGGAUGCGCAUCGCAUCCAUUUAAUGACAGAACCAAGCAAUACGUCCAGGAAAUGGGGGCAUUGGUCGCGUUUGGAGAGAAAGAUGGGAAUAUCGACUGGCCAACUGGCUACAGAAAUCAAAAUUUACCCGAGAAAGCAGAGGGAUCGUCUUUGGACUUUUCUUUUGCGAAUUACAGCCCUCAUUUGGAUGACAGAACAGUUCCGUGGGAAGCAAAACCAUCAACGCGUCCCGAGCAUGCGUUGAAUUCGAACUUCACCAACGGCUUGUCUUCCCCUUUCUCUCCAGAAUACACUCCGGGGCUGCUGAUGGAGCCGGAAGAAUACUACACCCUUGAGUAUCCAGUCGGAUUACCUGUUCCUUGCACCGAUGUUACUGGGAGUUGCCAGUGUGGAAACGACUGCGGCUGCAGCGGCUGUCUCACACAUAACGGCCACAAUGGCGAGCCUGUUGCAACGGAUACACCCCCCUUGACGACUGCAGAACUUCCAAACUCCUGUUCACAGCAGGCAGAUUCGGGACUAUCUCGAAUUCCUGUAUUGGACAACCUCCCUGUUUCUCCAUCAAGUCCAGCAGCGAUAGGACCACAAAUUAUCUGA